AGUUCAUUUACAGACGUUAACUCCAAAGUGAAAAAGAAAGUAGAGAGGAGAGAUAUAGAGAGAAUUUGGACAUGGCAACGAAGUCGAUUUCUUCCUUAGCUGCAUUUUUCUUCCUCUUUUUGGUUAUCUUUGAAAUGCCGGAGACAGAAGCGCAGGAUAGCGAGUGUCUGAAAGAAUACGGUGGUGAUGUUGGCUUCAGUUUCUGUGCGCCGAAGAUAUAUCCGACGCGUUGUGUCAGAAAAUGCCGUGCGGACAAGGGAGCUCUAGGUGGAAAAUGCACUUGGGAACAUGGCAUUAAUGUAAAGUGCCUAUGCGACUUUUGCAGGCACGAAUCUGGUCAGAUUCUAAGUGGCAUUUGAUCAAUCCUGCAUGUGUGAUGAUGGCUUCUGAAAUAAAAAUGGUGAAAAUGGUCCAAGUAUAAUGUAGUAAUGAGUAUGAAAAAUAAAAACGCCGGAAGCAUCUAAAAUAUUGUAUGGUUUGUAUCGUGGUAGAGGUGACUAAAAUAAGUAUCAACUUUCAUA